AUGAGGCUUCUCUUUGAGAAAGUCCGGCGCCUGGAGAGCGAGCAACAACGCAACCACCAACCCCUCUGGGCAAAGCCACGACCUGGGCCCUUUACUGAACGCAUCCUUAAUUACCACCAGGAAAAGGACAUCCAGCCAUUUCGCAUCGCCUUCUACACUGGCACGGAGGAUCCUCUCACCCACAUACAUUCUUUCCAGUCUGCCCUAGGGUGCAAGGGCCUCAUUGACGAAGGCAUGUGCCUCAUCUUCCCUUCUACUCUUAGUGGCGCGACCCUAAAUUGGUUUUACAGGCUGAACCCCCGCACCAUCAACACAUUUGACAGUCUGAAGCAGGCCUUCUUGGACUAUUUCAUGAUCCAGACUGAUCGCCUCUACUCCGCGGACGACCUAUACAUGCUUAGACAGGGUGAGGACGAGCCCCUUCGGAAGUAUGCAGCUAGGUUCAGCCAUGAAUACUCCCGUUGCCUAGAUACUGAUGAUCGUGCCGCCUUCGGUGCUUUCAAGAGUGGCCUUCGAGAGUCCAACUUCCGAUACCUGAUGCACAAUAACCCUUGGAACACAUAUGCUGAGCUAAUGAAGCAGGCAGCAAUUCACGCCAAGGCUGAGUACUUCAACUCCAAGCGCAGCCCAGCCACCCCGGCUCUUAAUCCUUUUGCUGAUCCUCCACCUGCUUCAGUACUCAUCCCAGCUCCACCUCAACAUUCUGCCCUUAUACCAAGCACCCAGGGUGCCCAGCACCCCAAGAGGAAGGAUAGCUACUAG